AUGUUUAGCAGACCAAGUAGUUCCGGUGCUUUUAGUAUAUUCAAUUGGAAAAAGCGAGGUCCUUCAUCUUUGACAACAGGUUUACUUAAUGAUUCAUCAGAGAUUGAAUUGUCUACAUACGGAAAAAUCCCAAGUCCAGGAAGUGAGAGCCCUUCAGAUCUCCUUAAUAGCGAAAGUGUAUAUGUAGAACCAAUUGCUGAUUUGGAUCUCUUCUUUGAAAGACUUUACUGUUACUACUGUGAGAAAGGGCUAUGGUGCAUUGUUAUAAAGUGGAUUGUUGAACUUCUAAGUCUGGGUUUCACCAUAUGCUUUUCAGGAUUUUUUUUAUUAUAUGUUGAUUGGAAUGGACUCCGUAAUGCAAAAUGUGGGAUGGAUGCAGUCGAAUCUGGAAUUAAGCCCUGUGAUCUUAGCAAAGAAGCUCUUAAUCAACACCCUUUAACCCCACUGACAUUUACCAAAGCUAUUAUUGUUGGAUACUUGGGAAUUUUUUCAAUCUAUUGGAUAUUUUGCUUUUUAAGAUUCUUUGCUCAACUAAGGGAUACUCUGGAAAUCCGUCAGUUUUACUACAACAGUCUCCAUGUUACUGACAACGAAAUUCAAACUAUGCCCUGGGCCACAGUUGUUGACAAAGUUGUUCUCGUUCAGAGUACUCGAAAACUAUGCGUGCUAAAGGAUCUUUCUGUCCAUGAUAUAGUCAUGAGACUGAUGCGGAAGGAGAACUACUUAAUCGGAAUGCUCAACAAGGGUGUGCUGGCUUUCCCCAUUUCACAAUGGUUUCCAGGUGCUGGUCCUACAGUUCAAUCUAGUCCUGAUGGAGCACAACAUCGUUUAGUACUUACCAAGACCCUUGAAUGGACUUUAAAUUGGUGCAUCCUGCAGAGCAUGUUUGAUCGGAACUUCUGUGUCAGAAGGGAUUUUGUGUCAAAUCCAAAGACAUUAAAGAAAAGGCUUAUGGUAGUUGGGUUUGCAAUGCUUUUACUCUCUCCAUUCCUGGUCAUAUUCAUGCUGGCAUAUCUAUUUCUGAAGCAUGCUGAGCAAUUUUAUAAUCAUCCAAGCACUGCAUCGUCUCGAAGAUGGUCAAAUUUGUCUAGGUGGAUGUUUAGGGAAUUCAAUGAGGUGGAUCAUCUCUUCAGGCAUCGGAUUAAUAACAGUGUAUUGCAUGCUUCUGAUUAUCUCAAGCAAUUUCCAACACCUAUCAUAUCUAUCAUUGCAAAAUUCAUAUCUUUUGUAUCCGGUGGAUUUGCUGCAGUUCUGAUAAUCAUUGCUUUUCUCGAGGAGUCUCUUCUAGAGGGUCAUAUAUUUGGUCGGAACUUGUUUUGGUAUGCUGCUGUUUUUGGAACUAUAACGGCUAUUAGCCGGGCUGCAAUUGCAAAUGAGCUUCUUGUAUUAAAUCCUGAGGGAGCAAUAUCAAUGGUGGUUCAACAUACACAUUAUAUGCCAAAGAGAUGGCGUGGCAAAGAAAUUACCGAACUGGUUCGCAUUGAGUUUGAAACCUUAUUCCAGUAUACUGGAAUGAUGUUACUUGAGGAUAUGGCUUCAAUUUUCCUCACUCCAUAUUUACUUCUAUUUGUUGUCCCAAAGCGAGUUGAUGAUAUCUUGCAGUACAUUGCUGAUUUCACUGUAAAUGUCGAAGGUGUUGGGCAUGUUUGCAGUUUAAGCACCUUUGAUUUUCAAGAGCAUGGGAACACUCAUUACGGUUCCCCAUACAAUGCCCCUCGUAGCCGGAGAAGUUCACAAGGAAAGAUGGAGAAAUCGUUGUUGAGCUUUCAGAGUAGUUACCCAUCAUGGGAACCAAAUGCUCAGGGGAAGCAGUUUUUUCUAAAUCUAAGAACAUUCAGAGAGCAGAAGUUAUCAGUAAAUGGAAACAGACACAGAUCUUCAUCUUCUAGAAUGUGGAGGGGUAGUCCCAAUAUGGGAGACAAUGGAGACAGAAACAGGUUUCCAUCUGGGGAAAUGCCAUACAGUACUCUUGUAACCGGCAAUCACUUGGGUUCUUUGUGGCUGAUUGAAGCCAACCAGAACAAUCACCCCUAUCUUCUUGAUUGGUACUACACGUCUCAACCUCAUGAAGCAACUUUGAGUGAUGUUUCAUUAGAACCAUAUGGAGUAACAGAACAUUAUUCCAGAGACUAUUCAAUGCCCUCCAACUUGCAACAGAACGAACCCAAGUAUGAAGAGUACUCAAACGAGUUCCAUGAGGAACGGGCUGGAUCUCAUCUUGGGGCUUCCACAUCAGCUCCCAUCUUCAGGGAGAGCCUUAUUCAGGAUCAAAAUUAUAAUGAACUUCCCCAAGCUACUAGAAGCCAAUGGUGGGCAAGAAGUCGCCUACAUAGUGGAAAGGCUCAGACUAGCUUCUUUGAGCCUCCAGAUUUCAAUGACCAAACAGGGUGGGCUAGAAGUCGCCUACAUAGUGGAAAGGUUCAGACAAGCUUCUUUGAGCCUCCAGAUUUCAAUGACCAAACAGGGUGGGCUAGAAAUCCCCUACAUAGUGGAAAGGCUCAGACAAGCGUCUUUGAGCCUCCAGAUUUGAAUGACCAAACAGAGUGGGCUAGAAGUCGCCUGCAUAGUGGAAAGGCUCAGACAAGCUUCUUCGAACCUCCAGAUUUCAAUGACCAAAAGGCAUAUAAUUAUCAUGACAAGUUUUCUGAUAGAGGUGCCGAGGAUCAAGAUCAAGAACAACACUCUUACUGGAGAGAUCAUCGGAACAAGUUAUCUAGCCCAGCACUGACUGAUGACUUAGAGGCAGGGGAAUUUAAUCUACAUUUUGGUGAUAUAUAUAGCAGACCUCCAGAAACCCCUAAUGCAAGCUUUUGA